AUGCACUCUCCAGCCACUAAACAAAGUAGCACUGGAAGCAGGGGAUUCAACAACUCGAAAAAGAUUGAAUAUUUAGCUAUCCCGUAGAAUGCAGUUGAACUUAGAACUUUUGGCGCACCCACAAAUAUCACAUUGCAGCAAAAGCAAAACAUCAAGUCAACCUAUUAGAUUGAUAACUAAGUGCCAACUAGCAAUGGACCAUAUGAAAACAAGAAAUAAAAUACGCCAUUCAAGACACCAAUUACUCCUUUCAAAUAUUUCCAUAGAAAAAACUUGUCGAGCUAAAAUGUCAAUCGAUUGAGUUAACUGAAUAAUUAUUAAGACAGUAAAAAAUAGAAGAAUCAAAAUGACUUGAAUUCAAAUCAAAAUUCAAUCAAAAAUCCAGAUUCCUAAUUCCACAUUCCACAGCUGGUCAAUAAUGACAAGAGCUCUAUUGCUCGUGCUUGGAACUUAUCAUUCAAUCGGAAAGGAAACAAUAGCUUCUUUAUUGGUGGGUUAAUAGAAGAAGAUGACAGUGAAAAUGACGAGGAGGUGGCUGAUAUGUUUGAAGAUAUGAAUAAUUAUGCCCUAAUUCAUAGUAAAGAUUAUGAAUUUAAAAACGGAGAUGAUUUAUACACUGACAAUCUAAGACUAAAGACAGCUCUCAAGAUGAAGAGAAGGCAAAUCUAAAGAGCUAAAAUGAGAUCGGAAGAAUUAGUCUGCAGAAACAAUCAUAGAAUACCAACAACAUUAGAUACUCAAAGGUAUUAGCAAUAUUAAUAAAGAGCCUCAGCUGAUUUAAAGAAAAGACUCAAUCUAUCAAAUAGAAAACCUUUGAUAUCUAGGAAGCAAUAGAUGUUUUUAGGCAGAAAUAUUGGCCAAGAAUCGUCUGUAAAUCUUCAGGAUACCUCUAACUUUGAUUAAAGUCAAUAAGAUCUAAGCUUUGGUGAAGGCUCUCCAGUGAGACGCAGAAGCAGUCUGAAUUCUCAAAAUGAUAAGAUCACAUUAGACAAAAUACUAAACAGUAAAAAUUUACCAAAAACCAAACCAAAAGAGAGCCCACUUGAAGAUAAGUUAAAGGAUGGUCUGACUGAAUAGAAAAUUAAGAAUCUACUUGAUGUAUUCGAUAAAAUUGAUUAAGGAGAGUAAAUAGAUAGUGCAACAUUUUCCAGGAAUGAUUAAGUCGCAUAAACAUCAAUAGAUUAGUUCAAGGAAUUUAAUUUAUUUGGCGGAACUGACAUCAUUUACUUCAAUGAGAAUAUGACAACUAGAGACUAGAGUGACAGUUUCAAUAAGAGCCAAGUAAAGCGAAGAAGACAGUUACCUCUUUAAAAUAAAAAGUUGAAAAGUAUGUUUGGAGUACCCAAGAGAUAGUAAUCAAUGACUGAGAAUAGCCCUGUCAGCAAAGUGAAAUAUCAUAAUUAAACAGCAACCUCUGCCUCUAUAAGUAAAUUUCUACAAGGAAUAGAGGUCAUUAAAACUUAAAGAGUAGAUGAUUUAAAGAGACUUGAGACACCUACUUUCUUAACCAGAAAGAGUAAAAAUACACAUAGUCCCCCGAAAUAAUUUACUCAUCCUGAUGAGCCAUUAAAUAAGGUUUAUCACAAACAAGAUAUCAACUACUAGCAAUUUCAAUCUUCCCCAUAGAAUAGAAGUAGUAAAUCAAACAACAACAUCAACAUAAUAAAGAAUAUUAUAGACUAUGGAAUGAAUAGUUAGGUUUACUCGAAUAAGAUGGCUUAUUAGUAGUUUCAUAAAAGUAUUGCAGCCCCAAAUUAGGCACAGGAAAUAGUAGAAAGACUAGUUGAGAAAGAAAAGAGACAGGUGAUCUUCUCUAAGACAAACUAAAAUUUCAUUCCAAAGUCAAGCGAGUGUGCUUAAAUAAAGAAAGAUUAAAUCAUAAAUGUCGAAACUUUACUCAGAUAAGGAGGGAGACCCGUUUAGGUUUCAAGUGCAUCCCAAAGAAACAGUAUCGGGAACACAGUCGAGAAGAUAAACUAAUAAUAGGAUAUGUUUACAAUGGGAAGACUCUAUGAAAUGGAAAGAAUUAACUUAGGGAGCUCACUUAAGUAAUCUAGAUUGCCACUGAAGCAUUAGAGACCAGGAGUAAUGACUGAGAGAGUUUCACUAAUACAGUAUGAAAGUAAAAGGUAACAGAAGAGUACUGAUUUUCAGGCACAAACUGAAGAUAUACCUAAUUUAUGA